AUGGCCUGGGACCAGCUCGCCAUUGACAAGCCCCAUGUGGCGUACAUGAUCCUGGGAGGCUUCACCUCCCUUUUCAUGUUAUGUUCUCUUUUCGUCAAGGAGAAGCUGUACAUCGGCGAGGCCUCGGUUGCAACCCUCUGCGGUAUUAUCUUUGGUCCCUAUGCCGCCAACCUCUUCAAUCCAGACUCAUGGGGUAACGUCGACAAGAUCACGCUCGAAUGUUCCCGUAUUGUCUUGGUGGUGCAAUGUUUCGCCGUCGGAGUCGAAUUGCCCAAGGCGUAUAUGGAGAGACACUGGAAAUCGGUGACCCUGCUCCUAGUCCCCGUCAUGACCUGGGGUUGGUUGGUGACCAGCCUCUUCAUCUGGUGGAUGAUCCCGCCGCUCAGUUGGCUCGAGAGUCUGGUAUGCGCAGCAUGUGUGACGGCCACCGAUCCCGUCCUGGCCUCCUCGGUCGUCGGCAAGGGUAAAUUUGCCAAACGAGUCCCCAAGCACUUGAGGGAUCUUCUGUCCGCUGAAUCGGGCUGCAACGAUGGCAUGGCCUUCCCCUUCAUCUACCUAUCCCUGUACAUUCUGCGCUACCGCCCCGACUCCAACCAGGUCGCCUUUCACUGGUUCUGUAACACAAUUCUCUAUGAAUGCAUUUUUGGUGCUAUCUACGGCUUUAUUCUGGGCUACAUCGCGCGUCACGCGAUCAAGUUCGCCGAGAGGAAAAACUUGAUUGAUCGCGAAAGCUUCCUGGUGUUUUAUUUCGUGCUGGCCCUCUUCUGCGCUGGGUCAGGCAGUCUCCUGGGGAUGGAUGAUCUCCUGAUCGGAUUCUCCGCCGGCGUGGGCUUCAGCAAUGACGGAUGGUUUACCGCCAAAACCGAAGAGUCGCAUGUGUCCAACGUGAUUGAUCUGCUCCUCAACUUGGCCUACUUUGUCUAUUUCGGUUCGAUCGUACCUUGGAGCUCAUACCAUGCUCCCGAGAUCGGCCUCCACCCGUGGAGGUUGGUUGUCAUUUCCAUUCUCGUCAUCUUUUUCCGUCGCAUACCGAUCAUGAUGAUCUUGAAGCCAAUCAUACCGGAUAUCAAGACGUGGCGAGAGGCGCUCUUUGCUGGGCACUUUGGCCCUAUUGGGGUCGGUGCAAUAUUCGCAGCGAUCCUGGCCAGAGCGGAGUUGGAAAACUGGUCCACAGAGCCUGUGGCUAAUUCGGAGCUUCCUCAGCCCGGUCAACCCAACUACUAUAUCGUGCAACUGAUAUGGCCCGUCGUGACCUUUAUGGUCAUCUCGUCCAUCAUUGUUCACGGCUCUUCCAUUGCCGUCUUCACCCUUGGAAAACGCAUCAACACGCUGACAAUCACUCUGUCAUAUACCACCGCCAACGAGGAGGGACCGUCUUGGAUGAACCGCCUGCCCCGUCUCCAGUCCUUGUCAAAGAGCUCCUUGUCACUCCGGAAAGCGGAUUCAUCGAUGUCGGAAGGCGAACAGCCUGAGUUUCCUCCCGGUACAUUGCCGCCUCUUGGCAUCCCGGGCAACUUCCUUCGCCGUGUCAGAGAAGAAGAUGAGCAAUCUGGAAAGAGAACGCCGAGCUUGCGACCGAGACGACGACGUCGCAAGCGUGUUGAACGCGCCGGCGGUCCCAUCAGCCAAUCAGCCAUUACCCCUCAGAGACGUCCGGAAUCCAUGCCCCCUCCUGAAAAAGGAGGCGAGGUCGAACCGAGCAGUUCGGAAGCAGAAAAGGAGCGCGAAGAAAGGGACAAAAUCGACCGAGAGAGCUCGCCCCCAGGCGCAGAACGUGAGAAAUUUGGAAGGGAGCCUGAGCUUGAAGUCUACCAAGAAGGUGACAAGGUCAUCAUUGAAGAUGAGGAAGGAAAUGUCCUGAAGACGGAUGACGUCUGUCACGAGUCGCCAGAGGAGCAACGGCAUCAGCUACUGGAGCAACAUAAGAGGCUACAGAGAGACGAGUCGGGUGAGUUUGCGAAGUCGAAGAGUCAACCUCACGGGAAGACGGAAGGUGAAAAAGUACAAAAGGUUGUUGGAGAAAAGACGGGCUAUCGGAAGAUGAAACAGCGUCUUGGAGAAUGGGCUGGCUUUGGAAAGGAGAAGCAACCACCACCACCACCACCACCACCACCACCACCAGAGGCAGGUCCAUCGGAAACCCGACGGAAGAAACCCCCUCGUCAGUCGGCCCACGCGUACCAGUUUGGCAACACCAUCAUUGUCGAGGACGAAGAUGGCGAGGUCAUCAAGAAAUAUACCAUCCCCACUGAUGAUGAGAAGGAUACGGAAGUGACUCCAGCGUCAGCUGCAGAGUCCCAGGUACGGCGAGGCUGGUCACGGAUGGGCACGUGGGUCGGAAUGGGCGAGAAAGAAGGAGAAUCGUCGAAGCAUGGCCAGAAGAAGAAGAAGUCAGAGGACGAAGAGGACGACGGUCUGCGGUUCAUCCUAAAGCACGAUCCUGCUGUCGAAGAGAGAGGUGUUGGUUAUCGGGGCAGGAGGAUGAGCAAGCAGGACUUCAUCAAGGAAAUCAAAAAGCUGGACGCCAAGGCUCGCCACAACAUUGUUGAGGAAACGGAUGUGCCAGCCCAGGUCAAGAAAGUUGCUCAUGAGGAAGCACGGUUGCAAGAAAAGGAGGAGCAGGAGCAAAGACGCGAGUCUGAGGAUUUUGAGGGAGAAGAUGAUUCGGCGGACGAAAGUUCUGUUACGGAUGAGUCCGAUCGCGACGUUCCCACGCACGAUGCCAAAUAUUCCAGGGGCUCGGCAGCGCAGGAACGUCGGCGGCGUCUUGGCGCAACGACCGCUGGCGACUCGGACGACGAUGGCACGGAGCGGAUUCCGCCUGCUCGUCGGUCGCGUCCUGCUGGUCGAUCCGAUGAUUUGGAUACCGGCGAGACGCCAGCGGAACGGAAGCGACGUCUGGCCGCGCUGGGACAGAUUGAGGUUCCUAGCGACGAGGACGACGACGAAGAGGCAGAAAAGGCAGGGCUUCCUCGGCGUCCGAAACGUGCAUUGGUGCGGGAGCCUGACAGCGAAGAUGACGGCGAGCCGCGGGCUGUCAAGGGCACGAUCCAGUUUGCAGACGGCACGCGACCUGCAAAACGCAAGGGUGGUGCGGGCCAAGUCGUGACCUCCGCGGCGGGGGCCAACGACAGCGGUAACAGUAACAAUAACAAUAACGGCAACGGAAGUGGAUCCUCCAGGAACAACGGACAUGGAACUCGUCAGAGGGUUUCAUGGGGAGGAGAGAGAGGAAGAGAUCUGUAA